AUGGACCGUGUUCCUUCAGGUACUCCUAAGGCCAGGCCCCGCUGGCUCGAAAAGCUAUACAACACUUUGGGAUUCAAAAAAGGGUAUAACCUCAUUCUAUUCUUCAUCUUCGGCGGUGCUUGGAUGGGAUUUACGCUUGCUCGUCUGGAAUUCCUAGACUUCUCCACGUUUUGCGAGAAUGCAGCGCCCGGGGAGUGCUUUUACUAUAAGGGGCGGGGAUACGUAGGACUAUACCUACACCUCGGUUGUAUACUUCCCGCUGCCUUCCUUGCCUUCUUCCAAUUUAUCCCAACCAUCCGAUACAGGGUUAUACUGUUCCACCGCAUCAAUGGUUAUAUCAUCAUCCUGUUGGUCUUGCUCUCGCAUGUUGGGACUUUCAUGAUUGCAAGACAUGCUUUCGGAGGACUCAUUCCCACCCAAGCCGCCAUAGGCCUUCUGGUGAUUAUAUCGACCUGUGCCAUUGGCAUGGCAUACUACAAUGUGAAGCGACUACAGCUAGAACAACAUCGAGCCUGGAUGUUACGGGCGUUUUUCUAUAUGGGAUGUAUCAUCACCGUGCGCAUAAUCCUCAUCAUAUCAACGACCAUCAUCUCAAUCUCACCGAGCUAUUACAUGGCACAACCGUGCGACAAAAUCGACUUCAUGAUCGGAAAAGAACAAACACUCGAGCGCUACCCCGACUGUGCCAGCUUUUACAACGGGUCGCAGCCGGCACAGAAUGCCCUUGUCCUGGGCGACUUUAAUGGCGAUGCGGACAGAAUAGGAACCGCCAUGAACUUGAACUUCGGGAUGGCAUUUUGGCUCGCCUUGUUUCUUCAUGUUAUUGGUGUGGAGAUAUAUCUGCAAUUAACCCCGAGAGAAUCUCAACGGCUGCGCGAGAUUUCCUACGCUCGACAGUUGGAAGCUGGGUUCGAAGACCCUGGGAGGGCGGGUCUCACUGUCGACAAGUUUGGUGAUAGUGAGCCUUGGGUUUCUGGAAAGUGA